AUGGCGUUCGAGUUUCAGGCAGCGAAGCUUGCAGAGAAGACAACCGAGCCGCUCCCAUUAGAGAAUGCCUCUCUGCUGUCUGAUGCACCAGACCAGGAUGGCAACAGGCUGUGGAUAGGCAACCUGGACACACGGCUCACUGAGUUCCACCUUCUGAAGCUAGUGAAGAAGUACGGCACAGUGAGGCAGCUGGACUUUCUGUUCCACAAGUCUGGGCCUCAGGAGGGGCAGCCCAGGGGGUACUGCUUCGUUAGCUACCAGACUAGAGAGGAAGCAGAGAAAUGCAUCCAGGCCAUGAAUGGGAAGAUGGCCCUGUCCAAAAAACUGGUGGUCAGAUGGGCACAUUCACCACGGCCUCUGUCCUGGCAGAGUUCAAGUAAGAACACAUUACAAAGUACAAGAGAGGACAGCAAGGAGUCAAACAUAAGUAAACAGGUUAAGAUCCAGGCCAUCGAGGCCAAGCUGAGGAUGAUGGAGGAACAGAAGGAUGACCUCCCCUCCUCCUCCUCCUCUUCCCGAGCUGGACCGUCCCAGCCCCGCCCUCAGGACCGGAAACGCCCGAGGCACCAGCCCUACAGCAGGGGGAACCGCGGGCGCAGGAGAUGACAUCAUCGGGGCUGUGGUGAUGUCAGCAAAACUGUACAAAAUUCAAAUGUGACAUCAUCAAGAG